UUCAAGGUUUUCUCCUGGUGCGGGUAACUUGAAGACGACUCCUAGUGGUACUCAAUCCGAUUCUAUGUGUGAUGGAGGCAAAAACAAGCGAGUUUCAUCGACUUCAUAGGAGACUGCGUAGUGACGAGGAUGAUAAAUGGGAUUGUAGUGUAUGUACCUACAUAAAUCCCAAAGAAUCUUAUAAGUGUGAAAUAUGUCACACCAGGAAAGGAACUUCUACAAGGAAACCAAGAUUGAAUACUCAGGUAGUAGAACAGCAACAGUUAAUUGCUCAAACUAUACUAAAAGAAAAGGAUGAUGAACAAAAAAAGAAAAGAGAAUCUAAAUGCAAGCAGUCUGUAUCCAGUAACUUUCGGUUGAAACACUUUGAUCGAUCCUCACCAUUACUUUUCGAAAUCUUCGCAAAUGGCUAUAGCGUUAUUAUCACUGAAUUCCAACCCAAAUCAAUAAAAUCAAAUGUUAGGAGCUUUUCAGAAAGUCCUGCUCCUUCUAACUGCUCAUCUCAUCAAGGUUUCGGACCCAACCCGAAUACUUUAGCCGAUGAUAUAUCGUCAACAGACUCACUGACCAAUGUGCCUAUUAACCCACGGCCACACCAUCUUUCGGAGUACGAGUUUAACGAUCCAAUUGAUAUUAAGCCUCCUAAAAUUUCCGAAUAUCCAUCAAAGCCUAGUUUUGGUAUGACAAGAUCUGGUCCAUCACCAGUUGAGGAGCCUAUGCGCCCUUGUAGAUCGUACUCACCUGCAUCCAGUUCUGCAGGAGGCAACACACUAAGCAGAGCAAGCUCACCACCUAACUCAAUUGGUCCUUGCCUGUUUGAUGUAAAAAAAGAACAAGCUGCUCUUGAGGCUGAACAAGCCGCUCAUGAUGGUGAUGAUGAGUGUGAAGAAGAAGAAAACAUUCCUAAAGCUAGCUUAUCUACAGAACCGAAGCUCUGCUCUCGUGAAACCAAACAAUCCAGGCGGUCCGUUUUACGAACUGUCUCUUUGAAUUCAUCUUGUUCAUCUCAGAGCCGCCGAAGUCACCGAGAAGAUAGACUACGCUGUGCUUCCUCUAUGUCACCUUUAAAGCGAAAGAAACUGACUAGUGGUUCUAGUCGCGGUAAUUGCAUAGGUUUAUCCUCUCUUCCACGUGGUUGUCAGUCAAAAUGUAGAAUAUCAAAAGAAAUAAACUCUUUAAUGUCUCCUACUAGUUACCGUUCCUUACGUAGUGGCAGCGACAAGUAUGUCGCUAAUGUAACAAAAUCCAAAAAAUCAUCAAAACGAUUCAAGAAGUUUUCUAGUCAAUUGGAUGCAAACUUAAAACCACAAAAACGUCAACGAUUUGAAGAAUUACCGAAGUCUAAUUGUAAACAGCGACUGCAAAAUGGACAAGAGUAUGAAGAGUCUAUAAUGGCAAACGAAAAAGUUGUCUACAAUAAGAGUUCUUUUUCCAGUAAUAUCAAUUGUAGCAUCUCUACUAAUCAUUACACUUUUCCUGAUGAUGAACCAAAAAUACAUUCAUCACCAGAUCAUAAAGAUUCUACUUGCUCUGUAUCUAUAUCCCAGACACAUCCACGUUUAUCAACAGAAUCUAAAAACACCAGUGCAAUGACAGAUAGCAGUGGAGCUACUGCCUUAGAAAUGUCUAGCUAAUUAAUUUCUCUUCUGUUUUGUUUCUUUUUCUAGGAAUUAUUUUCGUGUGAUGAUAGUUUUUACUCUGAUUGUAUAAAAUUGUCUAAUUUGUUUCCUUUACUACCGUUUUUUUAAAGAAAGUAACUAAUCAUUAUAUUUCAUCGAGAGAUUCUACUUCAAAUACUAAAAUAUUAAAAUGAUGCACUAAAUAUGGUCUAAUGUCUGCUAUGUAUGAAAUGUAUUUAAUGCAAACCUGUCAUAUCUUGUUGUUGUAUGUAUCAAAUAAGAAAUAUCUAUCAAUAAAGGAAGUCACUCUUUAGUGCCUUUAAUACUUUAUACACGUACUGUAACAAUUACACUUUUUAAUUAUUCGAUAUUUACCGUGUUGUAAAUGUACAUAUAUUAUCAAUUUUUUUUUAAAAAGUCAAAUAUGUGAAUAUUCAUGUAGGUGUAUUAUAUUUCUGUAUUUUUAACUUUCCUCUUUGUUUUUGUUCACAUUUCACAUUCAACGAAGGCAAUGUGCUGUGCACAUAUUUAUGGUCUCCAAUUAGAAUAUUUAUUGUUUAGCUACCAAUUAUAAUGUUAAAAAUUCUUCGUUUAUUUCACUCUACCAGGUUUUUUUCAGAAGUUUCUAUUACUAUUUUUACCAUUAUUAUUAUUAUUAUUAUUAU